AUGGAUGCACUUCAAACAGAGGUUUACCAAUCGACAACCUCACCAAUAGCUCGUAUUGCAACCAAAUCCUCCGUCAAGCUCAUUUCGUCCUCAUCUUCAAUCCAACACGGUAAACACAUUCCCACAUCAGCUGAAAUCUACCAGAGCCGAUACGUUCCUGAAGCGUGGGCGCCAGAUUCACGAGGCACAUAUGGUGGAGACUUGAUCACCCAGGGGUUGAAUGCUGCUUGGCAAUCAGUGCUUAAUCGAUCUAAACAAGACAAUGAUGAUGCUAAAGCUCCCACUACUGAUGGAACCAACUUCCAACCACAUUCCAUACAUGCGUAUUUCGUUAAAGCCGGCUCAACUGAAAGCGUCAUGCGUUGGGAGGUUAUCAAGGUGAGCGACACUCGCAAUUUCGCCAAUCGGUGCGUGUUGGGAUACCAAUCACAUUCUGGAGUUCUUGUAGUCACGAUCCAAGCAUCGUUUACGAGAAAUAACGACUUGAUUUUGAAACAACGUCAAUUUGAGCAUCAAAUUUCCCAGGGACAAAAUCCAAAGAGUUGGCCACUUGUGUUUAAACGUAACCCCGGUCCUAUGUUUUUCAAGUAUCGUGAUAAUUUACAUGACUUAAAUAUCAAAACAAUGUAUUAUAGUAACCAUAUUACGCGGGCUAUGCCGAAAGAGCUUUUCGAGUACAGUGAAGGGUUCAACUUGGAUACUACUGCUGAUCAAGAAUGGGGGAUGUUUGUCAAGAUCAAUGAUGAUUUGCACGGGAGAGUGAUUGGUGAGUCCGCUGAACAUCAACAAGAGGAGGAAGGCGGAGCUACUGCAGCUGCAGCUGCUGGUGCUGGUGCUGUUGCUGGCCCUUCAGCUGGUGAGUUGACACGUCGUAAGUAUUUGGCAUUGACCUAUCUUAGUGAUUCAUUUUGGGCUUCGACGUUGGUGAAGGCGUUGGGGUUGCCCAUCGGAAUCACAACAGCAAAGACUGUGAGUUUGGACCAUACGUUGUACUUCCACGACUCCAAUUUCGAAAUUGGGAUACGGAAACGGAAACCGAAACGGAAACUGGGAACCGGCAAGUCCUCAUCCACUGAAGAUUUUCAUGAAUCGGUUGAUGAUGAUUCAAAUUGGCUUUAUAUGGAGACGCAAUUUGUGUCAAUGGGAAAUAAUCGUAUGUUGGGCAUUAUCAAUUUUUAUUCGUUGGAAAAUGACGGUAAAUUGAUUGCUACUGCUGUGCAGGAAACUUAUGGAGCUUUUCCCAAGGAUGUGUUUGAGAAAUCUACUCAGUUGCAUAAAAAGUAUAAUGGCAAGGUUGUUGACAAGAAGUUGUUGAGUGGUGGUGCAAAGUUGUAA